AUGAAAGUCUCGUAUUCCAUGGCAUCUGCCCUUUUGUUUGGGACAGCCUUCGCUUAUAAACCUGUUGUUGAGCCAAAGGAAAAAUUAGACACUACUGAACAACCAAAACCUUGGGUUAGAACAAUUUAUGGCACUAAGGUAGAGAUAGUUACUCCAACAGUAAUUGGUGGUGUCGUAUUUAGUGGUAAACCUGAAGAUCCACCUAACCCUUUGGAACCAUGGGUUUCUCUAAAAAAAGAUGGUACACCACAAACUAUCAAGCCUGAAUUGAAAAAUGGACAUACUAAAAAAGCCAAGCCAGACUAUUCAACAUAUUUCCAAACAGCAUCCGUACGUACUUAUUCUUAUGAAGAGCUGAAGGCACAUAAUAUGAACCCUGGUGAUGUUUAUGAAGAAGAUGUUAUGAUUCCAGAAGACGAUACAUAUAUUAGCUUGAACCCAAUUAUUAGAUGUACGCCUGAACGUUAUUUUAAAAAGGGUGGCUCUAAAUCUGGCUCAAGUGAACCAUUUUGCACUCCAAAUGAAAAUAGUGAAUGGAAAGUUGGUAAGACUUAUUUUGUUUCUUGGUAUACAAAAUUUUUCAAGAACGAAUUGACUGAGAAAGAUAUCGAUAAGGUUCGUAUCCACUUAUCAUAUGUUAAAGAAAAAAUUAAAGAUAAGGGCCUUUUUAAGCGUGAUCUAAUAGAUGAUAUUACAAAUGAUAUUGAAAACGAUGAACAAAGGACAAAGGAGAAGCUUCAUGAAAGCCUAGAAGAUAUUGCAGUUUUGAAGCGUCACGACACAGCAGAAGACUUCGAAGAAGGCGAAAAUAUGGAUAUGCGUGACUUUAUUCAAGAUAUUAUCCAAGCUGUUGAAGCUGGUAAAAAUAAAGGUAAGCGUGAUUUUAUUCAAGACAUUAUUCAAGCUGUUGAAGCUGGUAAACACAAGGACAAACGUGACUUUAUACAAGAUAUUAUUCAAGAUGCUGAAGCAAGUGAACAAAAAGACAAACGUGACUUUAUCCAAGAUAUAAUUCAAGCUGUUGAAGCUGGUAAACAUAAGGGUAAACGUGACUUUAUCCAAGAUAUCAUCCAAGACGUUGAAGAAGGCGAACAAAAGGACAAGCGUGAUUUUAUUCAAGAUAUUAUACAAGCCGUUGAAGCUGGUAAGCACAAGGACAAACGUGACUUUAUCCAAGACAUCAUCCAAGCUGUUGAAGCUGGUAAACACAAAGACAAGCGUGACUUCAUUCAAGACAUUAUCCAAGAUGUUGAGGAAGGCGAACACAAAGAUAAGCGUGAUUUCAUCCAAGAUAUAGUUCAAGCUGUUGAAGCUGGUAAGGAUAAAGGUAAGCGCGAGUUUAUCGAAGACAUUAUCCAAGCCGUUGAAGCUGGUAAACACAAUGACAAGUGUGAUUUUAUCCAAGAUAUCAUCCAGGAUGUUGAAGAAAGUGAACACAAAGACAAGCGUGAUUUUAUCCAAGACAUCAUCCAGGAUGUUGAAGAAGGAGAACAUAAGGAUAAACGUAACUUCAUCCAAGAUAUAAUUCAAGCUGUUGAAGCUGGUAAACAUAAGGGUAAACGUGACUUUAUCCAAGAUAUCAUCCAAGACGUUGAAGAAGGCGAACAAAAGGACAAGCGUGAUUUUAUUCAAGAUAUUAUACAAGCCGUUGAAGCUGGUAAACAUAAAGACAAGCGUGAUUUUAUCCAAGAUAUCAUCCAGGAUGUUGAGGAAGGCGAACACAAAGACAAGCGUGACUUCAUUCAAGACAUUAUCCAAGAUGUUGAGGAAGGCGAACACAAAGAUAAGCGUGAUUUCAUCCAAGAUAUAGUUCAAGCUGUUGAAGCUGGUAAGGAUAAAGGUAAGCGCGAGUUUAUCGAAGACAUUAUCCAAGCCGUUGAAGCUGGUAAGCACAAAGACAAGCGUGAUUUUAUCCAAGAUAUCAUCCAGGAUGUUGAAGAAGGAGAACAUAAGGAUAAGCGUAACUUCAUCCAAGAUAUAAUUCAAGCUGUUGAAGCUGGUAAACAUAAGGGUAAACGUGACUUUAUCCAAGAUAUCAUCCAGGAUGUUGAAGAAGGAGAACAUAAGGAUAAACGUAACUUCAUCCAAGAUAUAAUUCAAGCUGUUGAAGCUGGUAAACAUAAGGGUAAACGUGACUUUAUCCAAGAUAUCAUCCAAGACGUUGAAGAAGGCGAACAAAAGGACAAGCGUGAUUUUAUUCAAGAUAUUAUACAAGCCGUUGAAGCUGGUAAGCACAAGGACAAACGUGACUUUAUCCAAGACAUCAUCCAAGCUGUUGAAGCUGGUAAACAUAAAGACAAGCGUGAGUUUAUCCAAGAUAUUAUCCAAGAUGUUGAAGAAGAUGAACAUAAGGAGAAAGAUAAUGUGGAUAAAGACCUGAAAAAUAUUGGAUUAGUCAAGAGGGAUAUCCCUGCAACCUUUUUCUCAUCUGAAUGGUUAGACAAUGAUAGUGGUAUCUUCCCAAUUGAAAUUGCUGAAGAAUGGCUACAGGAUGAAUAUGAACGUAAAAUUGUCCUAUCGAUUCAACCAAGUAAUAUCCCAGAUAAUGAGUUCAAUCCAUUGGAAAACGGAAUUUUAUUAAGAAUAUUAGUUGGGGCACGUGUAUUUAAGAAGACAAAGGAACAACUGCAAUUGGAGGAUGCUGGUUUGCAUGGCGCAAAGUGGUGGUAUAUUGCUUUAACAAUGCCUACGGCGGUAUUAGUUUGUUGUGCUGUUUUCUAUUUCUUUUUAGAAUUUGGUAAGGGUCAUCGUGAUUUCUCUGACGUUACUGAAAAUGCAAUUAAAUCAAGACAUCGUAUCAUUGAUAAGAUGUCAAAUAUCCAAAAAUUUAGCAAUAUGAAGAAUAGAAAGUAUUCUGAACUUCCUGUCACUAAUAAAACUGAUAAGCAAUAUUAG